CUCCAGUUCCAGGAGGUGAAGGCGAGGAGUGAGGCUGAGGAGAGGAGACGGUUCCCUCUGGAGAGGAGGCUGAAGGAGCAGAUCAUUGGACAGGAGGGAGCCAUCAAUACUGUGGCCUCAGCCAUCAGGAGGAAGGAGAACGGUUGGUACGACGAGGAGCAUCCCCUGGUCUUCCUCUUCCUCGGCUCCUCUGGAAUCGGAAAGACGGAGUUGGCCAAACAGGUGGCUCGUUACAUGCACAAGGAUAUCAAAAAGGUACGUUUCAUCCGCAUGGACAUGUCCGAGUUCCAGGAGAAACACGAGGUGGCCAAGUUCAUCGGCUCCCCCCCCGGCUACGUGGGCCACGAGGAGGGCGGUCAGCUCACCAAGCAGCUGAAGGCCUACCCCAACGCCGUGGUCCUGUUCGACGAGGUGGACAAGGCCCACCCCGACGUGCUCACCAUCAUGUUACAGCUCUUUGACGAGGGCCGUCUGACGGACGGCAAGGGGAAGACCAUCGAAUGUAAGGACGCCAUCUUCAUCAUGACCUCCAACGUGGCGAGCGACGAGAUCGGCGCGCACGGCGUGCAGCUGCGGCAGGAAGCGGAGAAGCUCAGCCGCAGGAAGCUGGCGGACAACCUGGAUGAUGUCCAGAAGAUCGAUGACAUCAAGAUCUCCAGACAGUUUAAGGACUCUGUGAUCCGGCCCAUUCUAAAAGCCCAUUUCCGAAGGGACGAGUUUCUGGGGAGGAUCAAUGAGAUCGUCUACUUCCUGCCCUUCUGUCACUCCGAGCUUCUGCAGCUGGUCAGCAAGGAACUACAGUUCUGGGCCAAAAAGGCGAAGCAGCGGCACGGCAUCACUCUGCAGUGGGACCGUCCAGUUCUGGACCUGCUGGCUGGGGGCUACAACAUGCACUACGGGGCCCGCUCCAUCAAACACGAGGUGGAGCGGCGGGUGGUUAACCAAUUAGCCGCUGCAUACGAGCAGGAGCUGCUGCCGAAGGGCUGCACCCUGCGGCUGAUCGUCCAAUCAGACGGUCAGGAGGAGCCGCACCCGCCCAGCCUGCGUCUGGAGGUGGUGGGAGAGGACAGCUCAGCCAGGACCCUGGACAUCCGACCUCCACUCAGCCCCGAGCACUAGGACCACACACACACACACACACACACACACACACACACACACACACACACACACACACACACACACACACACACACACACACACACACACACACACACACACACACACACACACACACACACACACACACACACACACACACACACACCGUCAUCAUCAUCAUAACUCUAAUCUUCUUCAUCUUAUCGUGAUAUCUGAAGGAGGAAAUGGAUAGAGUGGCUUUAGAAGAAGUAACCAAUAAAAGCAACCCUCUCUCUCUCCUACCAGCACUUUCUCUGUCUCUGUUUUUCCCUAACACCUGCAGGACGAACAAUGCACCAGUAGUGUCCAUAAGUGCUUUGUGUUCCCGUGGCUACGUCAGACCUGCAGAUACAUUACAUCUUACAUCACGAGGCAGAUGUGAGCGGAUAAGGUGCUCUAUCACAGGCUGAUCUCGCAUUUUAAAUGGACACACACAAUCCCAAAGUCACUCAGUUGGAAACAACGUGGGGUGUGUGGGGUCAUUCAGUGACUCGUUGUCUUACAUCUCGAUUGUUGAUUGGUAUGCACUGAUAUUUUUUUAUAAGAGCUUUACAUGUGUAUAGGUUAUAGUUUGUUGUAUUUUUCCAUGUUAUAGCCACUAAUGAACAAUGUAUUUUGUGUAGGAAAUGAAUCGCAAGGUUAAGCCAAAGUUAAUGAAGCCAAUAUAGAGAUAUCAAUACAACAUGAGGAAUAUUUGUUUGAAGAGUAUUUAAAGGUUUAUUGUAAGUGGCAAUAAUAGUAGCAUUUGUAUGCCUUCAACGUCAUUGGUUGUACAACACCAAUGCUAACAGCAUGUACUCAGAGAAAUAUAUCAUUCCUUUUAUUUAUUUACUCUUGAGUAAGGUAAGCUUAAAUUAUUGUUAGCUAUUUUAGAUUUAGAAAUGUGUUCGUGAUUUUGCGCAUUUGUCUUAUUUGAGAAUAACAUGAAUGUUUUUAGGAGCAUGGGGAUUGUGUUUAUUUGUUUAAACGUCUCAAGGAGAAGUACCCAAGUCUGUGUUUAAGUGUUGAAUGUUGGACUAACAUCGCUGCCAUGUGAAUCGCUUUGCCAUUGUCAAUGCGUUUGUCAAAACGUAUGUUGCUGCUGUGCGUCUCGUGUCUUGUCUUUUGCAGGGCAAGUACAUCAAAGACACUGGGAGAAAUGUAAAGACACUUAAGUCCAUAAAUAAAUAUUUAACCAUGAUUACCUCCAUCCUUAAAGUUCACAGAAUAGUGGCGGGAACGGAGGGCCUAGCUAAGAGCCCGUUACCCUGCUUGUAUCCGGACAACCAGUGUGUAAAUAAAGUCUGUCUUGGUGA